GGCUUCACGCCAUAACAACUUCGGUUCACGCAUAGGCAGUGGGUUUUCUUUUACUGUCUAUGGUUCACGCGGAGAUUGUCAAGUCAUUUUAACGUUAAUGUGACUUUAACGUCAAAAACGACAAUGGAAGCUCAGUUGAAAAAAGAGCUGGGAACCUCGACGUUGAAAGCCACCGGUCAUUCGGGAGGUGGAUGCAUCAGCGAGGGCCAGAGUUAUGACACUGACAACGGGAGAGUAUUUGUGAAGAUAAACCACAAGAGCGAGGCCAAACGAAUGUUUGUUGGAGAGAUGGCUAGUUUGGAGGCUAUACUGAAAACUAACACUGUGAAAGUUCCUAAACCUGUGAAGGUCCUUGAUCUAGAGCGAGGGGGGUCUGUGUUUGUCAUGGAGCAUGUGGACAUGAGAAGCCUGACCAAGUUCUCUGCCCAGCUGGGGGAACAUUUGGCCGACUUGCAUCUUCAUAACCAAAAGCAGAGAGAGAAGCAGAGCAAACAGGAGCAAACUGUCGGAAAAGGAUCUGGGCAGUCUGAAGUGCCUGCCAUUGACCAAUUUGGGUUUGAUGUUCCAACCUGCUGCGGAUACCUUCCACAGAAUAAUGACUGGCAAGAAGACUGGGUGGCAUUCUAUGCUCAGCAGAGACUUGGUCACCAGCUGGACUUAGUGGAGAAGAGCCACGGUGACCGAGAAGCUAGAGAGCUGUGGUCUAAGCUUCAGCUGAAGAUUCCCCAGCUGUUUGCUGAUGUGACUGUUGUGCCAGCCCUUGUCCAUGGCGAUCUGUGGGGAGGGAACGUGGCAGAAUGCUCGGACGGCCCAAUAAUCUUUGACCCGGCAUCCUUUUACGGGCACUCUGAAUAUGAGCUUGGCAUUGCGGGCAUGUUCGGUGGCUUCAAUAAGUCUUUCUACACGGCAUACCACGGGAAGAUCCCAAAGGCACCAGGCUUUGAGAAACGGCUGCAGCUCUAUCAGCUUUUCCAUUAUCUAAACCACUGGAAUCACUUUGGCGGAGGGUACAGAGGUUCCUCCAUUCGCAUCAUGAAAGACCUGGUAAAGUAAACAUUACUAAUAGGGUUUGAUGCCUCACCACCCCUGGCCCCACCCCCAUAAUCAUGACAAAUUCAUGAUACAGAAGUUAUGCACUUUAACAAUUUCACAACACACUACUACAUACCAUAGAGGGUAAACAGCAGUAGGCCUACCUAUGAAGACUAAUUAACUUAAGAAAAGUUUUAAGUAGAUACAGAAAAGUUAAUUGUGACGUGAAUGUUUUAUAUUUUACUAACAUUCCAUUUGCUCUUGCUGAAGGGGUUGGUGUUGAAAGUACUGAACAGUUACAGUAAUGUAAGUAGACACAUGUGUGUCAUCAGGUAUUACUGUGUAAUUACCUGCAAUGUGGCAUGACAGAGAAUGAAGAUUGAAUAGGCAAUAUUCAAAAACAGAUACACUUUGGAAUGACUAAUGGAAUUCCACUAAUGGAAUGAACAAAAUAAGUGUGACCAUUAAUCAAAAUAAAGUGGAUUAAAAACA